UCAGCUGGGCCUUGUUUUUCUUUUAUCAAUGAAAUGCGGCCGGAGAUUGAAAAAACUUUAACCUCGAAUUGUUCAGAUAGCAGACUUGUUCUUCGUCCUAUUUCUUGUUUGUUUUGGAAGAACGAGAUUUAUGUAAUUCUUUUAAUUUUUUGCUCAUAGCUUUGCUCGGAAGGGUUACUCUGUUUUGGCGUGCCAAUUUUCUUCCUCGGCGAAGGGAUGCUUCAUUGAGUGGUGAUCGAAGAUAAGAAGGAUUCGAGUUUUUAUUUUAAUUUUUUGUUCCUCUUGUCCCUCUAGUUUUAUCGGUACUCCUUUCUUGAGGGUGAUUGGGUAAGAUGGUGAUAAACGCAUCAGAAUAUCUGAUCUUGAGGCAAAAGUUUUCCUUUUUUUGGUUUCUUUGAAAAUUUACGUUUAAUUAUCGGGAAUUUUUCGUGUUUUUAUGGUAGUUCUCAAAGUUUGUUCUCUCCUUUCUUUAUUUUUGCCCUUUUUCGCUGUAGAUUCCGUUCGUUUUUUCUAAUGGGUUUCUUAAUUUCGAUUUUUAGCAACGAUUUGUUGCUUUCAGAUGGAGGAGAUCCGUUUCUUUUACUUGAGGAAAGAAGAAUCUGGAAACAUGGAGAUUUUACCAUUUGUUUGCAAAGUUAGUUCUUAAUGCCAUCGGAGCUUUCUUACUUAUCAACAGGAGUUGGAUAACUUUUUGUUGAUCUGGUUAGCCAAAGUUUAUACAAAAUGGGUCCUUGUCUUGAAGCAGUUAAUGGGGUUGUGGAAGAGAUCAUGAGGAUUCACAGAUCUCUUCCAGCGAGACCCACCAUAGAUGAGGUCGAAGCUGCGACAGUUUUACUUCAUCAUGUAGAUAGGGAGGAGCAAGUCCAAGUCGACGUCAUCUCAAAACAGAAGAAGGCAUUCGAGGUCCCUGACGAACUCUUCUUCAUUCUCCAAGAAAUGCAGAAAAAAUCAAUAUAUUUUCAGUGUAAAGAGCAGAAGCGGGAAGCUCUUCAACUACUUGAGCUUCAUAAUAUCCAUAUCCUGUUCGAUGAAUUGAUUCAACAAGCUUCAACAUGUCUUCCUAUGGCAAGUCAAGGCUCAGCUUCAUCGAAUUCAAUGCCUUCAACUUCUAUGAAUUCAAUUGGGAACAUUGCUUCUAAUUCAAAAGCUAAUUUCAGCUCUUUCGGUGCUGUAAUGGGCUUUAAUAAAGAUUUUACAAGGAAUUCUGAGAGGAUUACUAGAGAUGAUAGUUAUGUUAAAAAAGCAAAGUCUGCGGUGAGUGAGGACGAGUAUAGUGGCGACUUAAAUCUCCACCGAGGGUUGUUCUUGAACUCUGCCCCUAGUAGCAGGCUUGCACCUAUCUCUGCAGCCGAAGAUAACGGAAAACUGAGCCUCAUUAAGUUAGCUAGAUUGAUUGAAGUCUCUGCGAAGAAUGGCACCCAGAACCUUAAUCUUAAGAAUAAGCUGAUGGAUCAAGUUGGCUGGAUUCCUGAUACGAUAGAUAAGUUAUUGGGUCUGGUCACACUCGAUCUAUCAGAAAACCGGCUGGUUGCUCUUCCUACCACAAUAAGUGCGCUUACUUCUUUAACAAAAUUGGAUCUCCAUUCAAAUCAGAUUGCUGAACUUCCGGACACCAUAGGGGAUCUCAUCAGUCUCUUGUAUCUUAAUCUCUUUGGGAACCAGCUGACAUCAUUGCCGUCUAGUGUUGGUAAAUUACAACUUCUUCAAGAGCUUGAUUUGAGUUCAAACCAACUUUUGAUGCUCCCAGAUGUAAUUGGAAAUCUUGUAAACUUGAAGAAAUUGAAUGUUGAGACAAAUAAUCUCGAAGAAUUCCCUUAUACCAUUGGAAACUGCAUUUCUCUAGAGGAGCUUCGAGCAGAUUAUAAUCGCUUAAAGGCCCUUCCAGAAGCAAUAGGAAAACUCGAGUCCUUGCAGGUUUUAACGGUUCGUUAUAACAAUAUAAAAGGACUUCCAACCACAAUGGCUUCUCUAACGAAAUUGAAGGAGGUUGAUGCCAGCUUUAAUGAGCUUGAAUCCAUUCCAGAAAGCUUAUGUCUUGCUACUUCGCUCACCAAGUUGAAUAUAGGAAAUAAUUUUGCCAAUCUGCUAUCUCUCCCUCGUUCCAUUGGUAAUCUUGAGAUGCUUGAAGAGUUGGAUGUCAGCAAUAAUCAGAUUAGGGUCCUCCCAGACUCUUUUGGAAUGCUGUCUCAGCUUCGUCUGCUACAUGCUGAGGAGAAUCCAUUGGAGGUACCUCCACGGCAAAUAGCUGAGAAGGGAGCACAGGCUGCUGUUAAAUACAUGGCUGAACUCGUUUCCAAGAGGGGUGAAAUAUCACAAGAAACUAAAACUAAGAACUCCUGGUCAGAUUGUUGCUUUUUCUCGACACCUACUAAGAUUAAGAGUGAUGGCUGGGACUAUGCAAAUUGACAUACUAUAGCCUAGGAACUGUGAGCUCCCUUCAUCAAGUCUAUUGAUAAAUGGAGUUAUAGCAUUUAUUCUUUCCGGCUUCAUGAAUAAAUACCCAGGAGUGUGUUUCUCGUCUUUCUUUAGAACUCUUAUAUAAAUCUACCUUUAAUACCAAGUAGCUCUUUUUCAACACUACUACAAAAUUCAAAUGAGGCGUAAUCUUAAGCUUCUGCAACAGGGCAAACAGAUAGCAUAUGUAUUCCAUGCUUUUCAUUUUUCAUCAUGACCUGUACUUCAAUUCCUGUUGUUAAGUAGUGUAAUUGAAAGUUAAUAGAAAAUAAAUUUAUGCUUUUUUUAUGAA